GGCAAAUUCAUAGUGCCAAAGAGAUGCUUCACUGUGUCAAGUAGGCUCACAUGGGUGGAAGAUGAGCUUAUGGAGAUAAGGAAGGAUGAGAGCAUACCCACCUGAAUUUUCAUUGGUUGAGUGUGGCAAACCGCACAGUUUAUAAAAGCAACAGAAACACAACACAUACAACAACACAAGCAAUGACAAACUGUCAAGGUCCUCAAGACCUAGGGUAGGAGGACCGCGGCUACGGAGUUCGUAGCCUCUGUCCGUGGCUGCUGGUCGGGUUAUGCCCCCAGACCUAGAGCACGUCGACGGGUUAUGCCCCCUGCCGCCGGCUUGAGAGAGAAGAGGUAGGAUAGAUUGAUAUUUCUUUUAUAAAUCUCAAGGUCUGAUUACACAGGCUUAUAUAGCCUUUAGUUCCAACAAACCUUCCUAAACUUUAGGACUAAGAAAGGAAAGCAACCAACUAGUAAAGGGAAACAACCAACUAAAUCUUUUAUUCCCUACAAUCCUAGCCGCCUAGCCUGUUUCCCUGCUGACCCAGGCGCUCAGCGCGUUCUGCUGCGCGACGGACGUCGCGCGCCCUGCGGCGACGCGAGUACAUGCGCCCGUACAUGACAUCUCUCCCCUCCUCGAGAGGCAGCUCGUCCUCGAGCUGAAAUAGAGGAUAGGCAGCUCGGAAUGUGUCAAGAUCCUCCCAUGUCGACGAUGCUGGUGACGCUCCUUUCCAGAGAAUGAGGACCUGGCGCACGCCUCGUGCCAGGCGCGUCUUGACUGCGCGCUCGGGCUCAGGACUGACAGCGCCGUGACGGACUUGGGGCAGCGCUGGCGGCUCCGGCGGGGGUCACCAUGGAACUUCUUGAGUAGCCCGACAUGGAACACGUCAUGAAGGCGAGCUUGGGGAGGCAAGGCCAAGCGAACGGCGACGUCGUUGAUGAGCUCGACGACGCGGUACGGACCGUAGAACCGCGGCUUCAGCUUGCCCUUAGACGACUGCGGCAGAGACGCCACCGGCCUGUGACGAAGUCGAAGCAGGACCCAGUCCCCCACCAGGAAGAUGACCGGACGGUGGCUGCGGUCGUAGGCGCGCUUCUGUACAGCCUGGGCCUGCUCCAAGCGAUGUCGAAUGUCGUCGAUGAACUCCGCACGCUCGGCCAAGGACUGUGCCACAGCCGGCACACGAGUUGCUCCCUGUUCGUAGGAGCGCAGGGAGGGCGGGUCGCGCCCGUACACAACGCGGAACGGCGUCUCCCGCAGCGACGACUGAAAGGCGGUGUUGAAGACAUAUUCCGCCCAAGGCAGCCAGCGCAGCCAGUCGCGUGGCCGGUCACCUGUCAAACAGCGAAGGUACAUUACAAUGACCUUGUUAGCGGACUCCGACUGCCCGUCGGACUGUGGGUGGAACGCCGAAGACAUCUGCAGCUUUGUGCCGCUCAAACGCAGCAGCUCCCUCUAGAAGUUGGAGGUGAACACCGGGUCACGGUCGGAGACGAUGGACUGCGGGAUGCCGUGCAGCCGCACGAUGUCGGUGAAGAAAGCUUGGGUCACUGUCUCGGCCGAGUAUGGGUGCGCCAGGGGCAGGAAGUGGGCGUACUUGCUGAAGCGGUCGACGACCGUCAAGAUGACGGACUUGCCCUUGACACGCGGCAGCGCCUCGACGAAGUCCAUGGCGAUGUCCGUCCAAACACCCUGCGGAACAGGAAGGGGCAACAGCAGGCCCGCAGGGUGCAGCUGCUCCGGCUUGUUGCGCUGGCACACCGCACACGCGCGGACGAAGUCCUGCACCACCCGUUUCAUGUGAGGAAAAUGAAAAUCCCGGCGGAGACGAUGCAGGGUGCGCUGAACGCCUUCAUGUCCUUCUUCGUGGACAGCCAGCAAGAUUUCCUGCAGCAACGGGGAGCCCGGUGGUAGGUACAGACGGCCCCCGUAGUGAACAAGGCCGUCCGUCACGGCCCACGGCAAGGUCCGGGCGCCGCUCCCGAUGUCGUCCAGCAGGGCCGCAAGGGCUGGGUCGGUGGAGUGAGCUUGGCGGAGACGCGCGAUGAAGUCGAAGCGUGGCCCGGACAGCACCAAGACGACGCCCUCCUCCGGGGUGUCGCGGCGGGAGAGGGCAUCCGCCACGGCGUUGGUGUGUCCCGGCUUGUACUCCACGGCGAAGUCGAAGCCGAGGAGCUUGCCCACCCAAUGGUGCUGCGGUAUGGUGGACAGCCGCUGAUCCAACAGGUACUUGAGGCUGUAGUGGUCCGUCUUGACCAAAAAACGACGCCCCCACAGGUACGGCCUCCAGUGGCGGACGGCCUGGACAAGCCCAAUCAACUCCCGCUCGUAGGCGGCGAGAGCGCGGUGCCGGGGAGCCACGGGCCGGCUGAAGAAGGCUACCGGGUGGCUGUCCUGGACCAGCACCGCCCCGAAGCCGUGAGACGAAGCGUCGCAC